UCAUUUUCUUCUUCUCCACAAAUUAUUUACAUUAUCAGUUGGCAUUUUGUUCCCUCCCACUUAAACCCUCUCAAAACCCACCAUUUUUUCUCCCUCCAUUCUUCACUCCAAUUCUUUCACAAAAUCACCAAUUCUCUCUCCUCCAAAAUUCUACAACCCACUUUGACCUCUCUUUGCUACAAAGUCCUGUUUCAUGUAAAAAUGGCUGCUUCGAAACUUCAUCUCCUCCCAAAUUCAGAUUUCUGCUUCAAAUUGGGUUCAACCCCUCAAAUAGCCACCAUUUCCAUCAUCUUGAAAUGCCCAUGUCGUCGACAAUCUCAAAAACCCCAAUUUCCAAUCUGCAAUGCUGUUUACACUGAAAGGGUUUCCCCCACCAAAUCAUCACUAGGAAAGGAGAGGCUUUCUGAGUCGGAGACCGACCCAAUUAGCACCUUAAACGAGAGGAUAAGGCGUGAUCAUGGGACUCGCGACGCUACAAAACCGGCAUUGGAUUCCAAAGAGGCUGACAAGUAUAUUCAGCUUGUGAGGCAGCAGCAGCAAAGAGGGCUAGAGAAGCUUAAAGGAGUAAAUAAGGAAAGAAAAGUGGGAGAAAGUGGUGGAGUUAGUUAUAAAGUUGAUCCUUAUACUCUAAAAUCUGGUGAUUAUGUGGUUCAUAAGAAAGUGGGUAUUGGAAGAUUUGUUGGGAUUAAGUUUGAUGUGCCAAAAGAUGGUACAGCUCCUAUUGAGUAUGUCUUUAUUGAGUAUGCAGAUGGCAUGGCUAAGCUUCCUGUUAAGCAGGCGUCGCGAAUGCUCUACCGAUAUAAUCUUCCAAAUGAAACAAAAAAUCCGCGAACACUUAGUAAGAUAAAUGAUACAAGUGCAUGGGAAAAGAGGAGGACUAAAGGAAAGGUUGCUGUCCAGAGAAUGGUAGUUGAUUUGAUGGAAUUAUAUCUACAUAGGCUUAAACAGAGAAGGCCUCCAUAUCCGAAAUGUCCUGCAAUGGCUGAGUUUAUUGCGCAGUUUCUCUACGAGCCUACACCAGACCAGAAACAGGCUUUUAUUGAUGUAGAGAAGGAUUUGACAGAGAGAGAAACACCAAUGGACAGAUUGAUCUGUGGCGAUGUUGGAUUUGGCAAGACUGAAGUUGCAUUACGGGCGAUCUUUUGUGUUGUUUCAGCUGGCAAGCAGGCAAUGGUUCUAGCACCAACUAUUGUGUUAGCCAAACAGCAUUUUGAAGUUAUUUCAGAGCGUUUUUCCAAGUAUCACAAUGUCAAAGUUGGACUUCUGAGCAGAUUUCAGACCAGAGGAGAGAAAGAGGAAUACUUGCGCAUGAUUAAGAAAGGUGAAUUGGACGUUAUCGUGGGAACUCAUUCCCUUCUUGGAAAUCGCGUUGUUUAUAAUAAUCUGGGCCUCCUUGUGGUUGACGAAGAGCAGAGGUUUGGUGUCAAGCAAAAGGAGAAGAUUGCUUCUUUCAAAACUUCAGUUGAUGUUCUCACUCUUUCAGCGACACCGAUACCACGGACACUUUAUCUAGCUUUAACAGGGUUUCGUGAUGCUAGUUUGAUCUCUACACCUCCUCCAGAAAGAGUACCAAUAAAGACACAGCUUUCAGCAUUCAGUAGAGAAAAAGUAGUGUCGGCAAUCAAAUAUGAGCUGGACAGAGAUGGCCAAGUCUUCUAUGUUCUUCCUCGUAUAAAAGGACUUGAGGAAAUCAUGGGUUUUCUUGAACAAUCAUUUCCAGAUGUUGAAGUAGCCAUUGCUCAUGGAAAGCAAUACUCAAAACAGCUUGAGGAAACAAUGGAAAACUUUUCUGUGGGAAAAGUAAAAAUUCUUAUAUGUACGAAUAUAGUGGAAAGCGGAUUGGACAUUCAAAAUGCAAACACUAUCAUUAUUCAGGAUGUUCAGCAAUUCGGACUGGCACAGCUAUAUCAGCUGCGAGGAAGGGUGGGCAGAGCAGAUAAAGAAGCUUACGCAUACAUGUUCUACCCUGAUAAAUCUCUACUGUCUGAUCAAGCGCUGGAGAGACUUUCAGCCCUUGAAGAGUGCCGUGAACUUGGCCAAGGCUUUCAGCUUGCUGAAAGAGACAUGGGAAUUAGAGGUUUUGGUAAUAUUUUUGGUGAGCAGCAAACAGGCGAUGUAGGCAAUGUGGGCAUUGAUCUCUUUUUUGAGAUGCUUUUUGAGAGCUUGUCCAAGGUUGAGGAACACCGUAUCAAAUCUAUUCCUUACCAAAAUGUUCAGCUUGAUAUAAAUAUAAAUCCACAUCUCUCUUCUGAGUACAUCAAUUAUCUGGAGAAUCCCAUGGAAUUAAUAAAUGAUGCUGAGAAGGCAGCAGAGAAGGAUAUCUUAAGUUUAGUUCAAUUUUCAGAGGAUCUGCGCAGGCAAUACGGAAAAGAGCCUCACUCAAUGGAGAUUCUGUUAAAGAAACUUUAUGUUAGAAGAAUGGCUGCAGAUCUUGGGAUUAACCGAAUUUAUGCCACAGGAAGGAUGGUUGGAAUGGAUACAAACAUGACUAGAAGUGUUUUCGGACUGAUCAAGGAUUCGAUGGGUUCUGACGUUCUGCGUAGUUCACUGAUCUAUGAUGCUGGACAAAUAAAGACUGAGCUACUUCUGGAGCUACCAAGAGAGCAACUCCUCAAUUGGAUCUUUCAUUGCUUAACAGAACUUCAUGCUUGUUUAUCAACCCUUAUCAAGUAUUAGUUGUUCUUGUGCAUAAGUGAUUGGAUUCAAAUUUGGACUCCUUGUUCAUUCUGGACGGAGAGAAAGUUCAAGGAAGUCAGUCCAUUGUGGCUUCUAUGUCCUGCAUCCUCCUGAGUCGGGGAAGCUGGGAUAGCUACAUAGAUCGAACAAAGAUGUUUAGAACAACAACACUACAUGGAUAAUAUGUAUAUAUGAAACCCAUAAUUGGAAGGAUAUAUGUAACCAGAAUAACAGAGCUUUAUAUGUAAGAGACAGUGCAACCCUACUAGAUAUUAAGCUGCUUGCAGCAAAUUACUUCACUGUACAGAAUGCUGAGAUGGACUUAUUCUGAAGCGAAAAAAGGCACAUCAGCUGAUUCUUUAGCCAAUCAUAUCUCUCUACGUGCAUUUCUUUCACCUCAUUUUCUUCGGUUUCCCAGCCGGCAAAAUUUUACCGUCAAGGUCUCAAGGAAGUAGGCUAACACCGCAGUCGCGUAAGUUAACAAUCGUCUUAAGAUAUUGAAUUGGAAUCAAAAGGAGUAUUCUUUAGUCUGCCAUUACAAAAGAUUGCAUAGUUUGCUGCAUUGAAAAAUGGGAGAUUUAAGUAUAUGAAAAUGACCUUUGACAAUUAGCUAAUAGUUAGCUGAUAACUUAUUUCGUUAGUUGUUCGCUGUUAGGAGAUUCUUUAUGUUAAUUUGUAUAAUGAUGUUUGGUAAAAUAUAACAUAGUUGACAGAUAUUAGCUAUUAGCUGUUUGAUUGUAUAAAUGUCAUAUAAGAAUAUUGAUAUGGAAGUGACUUGCCAUCGAUAUUUUGGCAAGUUUUGGAUA